UUGCUGUUUUUGAAAAUGUCAUCAGCCAGCCAUAUAAUAAAGACUAUUUUUGAACCAUUUCAAGAAUAUAUAAAUUCAGAACAAGAUGUUAGAGAGGAAAUACGAAAAAUCAUGAAAGAUAUUGAAAAGCCUUUACGAGAAAUAGUUACUACUUUACAAGCAAUACAUCACGAAAGAGACAUUGAACAAAUACACUCUGCUUGCAUGAAUGCAAGAAAACUAUUCGAGGAAGUACGCGAAGGAUAUGCUACCUUGGAUAAAGUUGUUCCUCCAGGACAAUAUUAUAGAUAUAAUGACCAUUGGAGAUAUGCCACACAACGAUUAUGCUUUUUAGCAGCUUUAAUAGUGUUUUUGGAAAAGGGAAUUUUAAUUAAUAAAAGUACAGCCGCUGAAAUUCUGGGAGUUGAUGGUAAACCGAACAUUCACUUGGAUCUUGAAGAUUAUUUAAUGGGACUUUUGAGUCUAGCUUCAGAAUUGUCAAGAUAUGCAGUUAAUGCUGUCACUUAUGGAGACUAUGAUCGACCAUUACAAAUCUCAAAAUUCGUAGCAGAACUCAAUGCUGGAUUCAGGUUGCUGAACUUGAAAAAUGAUUCGCUUCGAAAACGAUUUGAUGCAUUGAAGUAUGAUGUGAAAAAAAUUGAGGAAGUUGUUUAUGAUCUCUCUAUAAGAGGGCUCACUCCUAGUCCAGCAGGUGGAGAAAAGAGUUCGAAUUGAGUAUCAGUAUUUAGAACUUUUUUUAUUUUAUUUUAUAGCUUAGGUUAGAAUUGAUUUUUGAGUUGUGUUUAAUAAUAUAUUUUACAUUUCAA